GCCUUUGCUGAGGCCAUGAGGGGUUACCAUGGCGACCGAGGCAGCCAUCCCCGCCCAGCCCGCUUUGCUGACCAGCAGCAUAUGGACGUGGGCCCAGCUGCCAGGGCCCCAUACCUGCUGGGCUCCGGGGAGGCCUUCUCCACUGAGCCCCGCUUCUGUGCCCCAAGAGCUGGCCUGGGACACCUCUCUCCCGAAGGGCCCCUGAGCCUGAGUGAGGGGCCAUCAGUAGGCCCUGAGGGAGGGCCAGGAGGGGCCGGGGUUGGGGGGGGUAGCAGCACCUUCCCCAGGAUGUACCCCGGCCAGGGCCCCUUCGACACCUGUGAAGACUGCGUGGGCCACCCACAGGGCAAGGGUGCCCCCCGCCUGCCUCCCACUCUCCUGGACCAGUUUGAAAAGCAGUUGCCAGUUCAGCAAGAUGGCUUCCACACGCUACCAUACCAGCGAGGUCCAGCAGUGGCCGGGCCUGGGCCAGGACCGGGGUCUGGGUCUGCCCCAGAGGCCCGCAGCGAGAGCCCCAGCCGCAUCCGGCACCUGGUUCACUCUGUGCAGAAGCUCUUUGCCAAGUCCCACUCUCUGGAGGCACCAGGGAAGCGGGAUUAUAAUGGGCCGAAGGCUGAGGGAAGAGGAGGCUCUGGGGGAGACAGCUACCCUGGCCCAGGCUCUGGAGGCCACCACACCUCCCACCACCACCAUCACCACCACCACCACCACCACCACCAGUCCCGGCAUGGCAAGAGGAGCAAGAGCAAGGACCGCAAGGGGGACGGGAGGCACCAGGCCAAGGCCGCAGGCUGGUGGAGCUCUGAUGACAACUUGGACAGUGAUAGUGGCUUCUUGGUGGGCGGGCAGCCCCCUGGGGAGCCUGGUGGUCCCUUCUGCCUGGAGGCUCCGGAUGGGUCCUACCGGGACUUGAGUUUCAAGGGGCGCUCGGGUGGGUCAGAGGGCCGCUGUCUUGCCUGCACUGGCAUGUCCAUGUCACUGGAUGGACAAUCGGUCAAGCGAAGUGCCUGGCAUACCAUGAUGGUCAGCCAGGGCCGGGAUGGAUACCCAGGGGCUGGGCCAGGCAAGGGCCUCCUGGGUCCAGAGACCAAGGCCAAAGCCAGGACUUAUCAUUAUCUGCAGGUGCCACAGGAUGACUGGGGGGGUUACCCGACUGGUGGCAAGGAUGGGGAGAUCCCCUGCCGCAGGAUGCGGAGCGGCAGCUACAUCAAAGCCAUGGGGGAUGAGGAGAGUGGAGACUCGGAUGGCAGCCCCAAGACAUCUCCCAAAGCAGUCGCCAGGCGCUUCACAUCCCGCCGCUCCUCCAGUGUGGACCAGGCCCGGAUCAACUGCUGUGUCCCACCCCGGAUCCACCCCCGGAGCUCCAUUCCUGGCUACACCCGUUCCCUCACCACCGGACAGCUCAGUGAGGAGCUGAACCAGCAGCUGGAGGCCGUGUGCGGGUCCGUGUUUGGGGAGCUUGAGUCCCAAGCGGUGGACGCCCUGGACCUGCCCGGCUGUUUCCGCAUGCGGAGCCACAGCUACCUCCGGGCCAUCCAGGCCGGCUGCUCUCAAGACGACGACUGCCUGCCCCUCCUUGCUGCCCCUGCCUCUGUCUCAGGGAGGCCCGGCUCCUCCUUCAACUUCAGAAAGGCCCCGCCCCCCAUCCCGCCGGGCAGCCAGGCCCCGCCCCGCAUCUCCAUCACCGCCCAGAGCAGCACGGACUCCGCCCACGAGAGCUUCACCGCCGCCGAGGGCCCCGCCCGGCGCUGCAGCUCCGCUGACGGCUUGGACGGCCCCGCCAUGGGCGCGCGCACCCUGGAGUUGGCGCCGGUUCCACCUCGGGCCAGCCCCAAGCCCCCCACACUCAUCAUCAAGACCAUUCCUGGCAGGGAGGAGCUGAGGAGCCUGGCGCGGCAGCGGAAGUGGCGGCCGUCCAUUGGGGUGCAGGUGGAGACUAUCUCAGACUCAGACACAGAGAACAGGAGCCGAAGAGAGUUCCACUCCAUCGGUGUACAGGUGGAAGAUGACAAGAGGCGGGCAAGGUUCAAGCGCUCCAACAGUGUGACAGCUGGUGUGCAGGCAGACCUGGAGCUGGAAGGCCUGGCCGGCCUGGCCACAGUGGCCACAGAAGACAAGGCCCUGCAGUUUGGACGCUCCUUCCAGAGGCAUGCCUCUGAACCCCAGCCCGGGCCCCGGGCCCCCACCUACUCAGUCUUCCGCACGGUCCACACACAGGGCCAGUGGGCCUACCGUGAGGGCUACCCACUGCCGUAUGAGCCGCCAGCCACCGAUGGGGCACCUGGCCCUGCCCCUACCCCUACUCCCGGCCCUGGAGCUGGUCGCCGUGACUCCUGGAUAGAGCGCGGUUCACGUAGCCUCCCCGACUCAGGCCGCACGUCCCCCUGCCCCCGGGACGGCGAGUGGUUCAUCAAGAUGCUGCGAGUAGAGGUGGAGAAGCUGGAGCACUGGUGCCAGCAGAUGGAGCGUGAGGCAGAGGACUAUGAGCUGCCCGAGGAGAUCCUGGAGAAGAUCCGCAGUGCUGUGGGCAGCACACAACUUCUCCUGUCCCAGAAGGUUCAGCAGUUCUUCCGGCUGUGUCAGCAAAGCAUGGACCCCACUGCAUUCCCCGUGCCCACCUUCCAGGACCUGGCGGGUUUCUGGGACCUCCUGCAACUCUCCAUUGAGGAUGUGACCCUCAAGUUCUUGGAGCUACAGCAACUCAAGGCCAACAGCUGGAAACUCCUGGAGCCUAAGGAGGAAAAGAAGGUCCCUCCGCCAAUACCAAAGAAGCCCUCGCGGGGACGGGGCGUGCCGGUGAAGGAGCGCUCCCUGGACUCCGUGGACCGGCAGCGGCAGGAAGCGCGCAAGCGGCUCCUGGCGGCCAAGCGUGCCGCCUCCUUCCGCCACAGCUCGGCCACCGAGAGCGCUGACAGCAUCGAGAUCUACAUCCCCGAGGCCCAGACCAGGCUGUGACCAGUCCGGCCCGCCCAGCCCGGGCCCGGCCCGCGGUUUUCUACCCGUACUGUACACCCAGCGUCGAGGUCACUGUGAACGCGGGCGCCCAGUGCGCCCGCCCUGCCGGCACCGCACGCCCCGGCCCCACCUGCCCGUCACACUCUCGUGGGUUUUUUACCUUCCUGAUCCCCACGCGAAGGCGCCUGGUCUGGGCUGGGGGCCGUGCCUCUCCACCCUGCGCCCCCAGCCUGGAACUUUCUCCCUCCUGGUCCGACGCUUUGUCCCCACCUCCUUCUCCUGGGCACCAUCUCUGCCAUUCUUUUCCCCCACGGGCCAGGCCGGGCCGGGUCCCUCAUCUGGGCUCUGCGUCCCCCCCACCCCGCGGGGCUGGGCUUCGUGGGGAUCAAGCUUCGUGGCUUUUUAUGAAGAAUCCCGAACCCUGCCUAGGAGCCUUCCCCACCCUUCCAGGGGCUCCACCCUUAGCCCUCAGCCCACCGGGCCCAGGGACCACAGUGGCUGGACCAACCCAGGACCAGGGCGCCUGGGCCUCUCCCCUUUCGCAGUUGAUGGGGAGGGGAGAUGGGGGCUUCCCCUCACCACACCUGUGGCUGUUCCCACAUUCCCUUGAGUAUCCCAGGAAAAAUAAAACGGCAGAACUGCACUCCAGCGGGCUGCUCUCUCCAGAAGCGGCUGCCUCUUUCCCGGGCUUGAGGGUGGUGGUGGAGGCAGCAGGGAGCCUACGUUCUCGGUAUGGGGAGAUCAGGGGUUGCCUGAGCUUCUUCCGGGUAUGGACCUGUUGGGAGAAAGGGGUUCGGCCCCAGUGGUGGCCGCAUUAAGGAUCUCCGCUCUCCUGGAGGGGCGGGAGAGGAGGACGUCAAGAGGGACGGUGUCAGUCUCUCCUCUCCCCAUAGUCCAGUCCAUUUCCCUUUCUGCCUUCCAGUCAUUCCAGGGUUCCCUCAAAGACACAAUCUUGGAACUCACUGCCAGGCACACAACAUGCCCAAUAAACAGGGAGUGUGGUUAUUACAGGUGACCCUGGGUGCUGCAAAGGGCUAAGUGCUCCCUACUAACAAAGUUGCCUCAGAAGAAAGGCCUGGUGAUCUAUUUCUGAAAGAUCACAGCCAGUGAAAACCUUUGGAGCAAAGUUCUACUCUGAAACACAUGAGGUGCCAUGAGUCCUAAUGCAACCAAAGGAAUGGGUUUCCUGUAUGUGGUUAUUAUUAGGCACUCAACAAAUACUGGUUUGUUGGGCACGGUGUUCCCUCUGAUCCAGUCUUUGCUAAUCAGCCACAGAAAACUGUCAGUUUAGUACUGCCACGCUCUUUCUGAUGUCUUCUAUGGGUGGGCACUUUGGUGGUGUCGGGGGAGGGAAAAGACGACAAAGAACAAAACUUUCCUGGGAAGCUCAACAGCAACCAAGCCCCAAUAGUGAUGCUUAAUAUUGUAUUGAGUGAUUACUGUAUGUCAGGCAAGGGGGUGAAUAUAUGAACCAGUUUAGGUCAUCCUUACAACAGCUCAGGAGAGGUUAAAUGAUCAGUCCAGUCACAGUGCUGAAAGUGAUGGACUCAGAUCUGUCUAAUGCCAAAUCCUGAGCUUCAAGACUCCGUAGCCUUCUUCAUCCAGAAAGGGCUGCUGAAUCAAGCUUGACUGCAGCCCCCACCUGGAAAGCACCCUUUCCAGUCUUUGAACCGACCUUCCACCUCUCCUUAGGGGCUAGUGUGUCACCCUGAGGCAGGGGGAAAAGCCUCCAGGGAAUGGGCUGCCAUUCUGGGCCACUCUGGACCAGCCUGUUCUCAUUCAUUUAUUCAGUAAACGUUUAUCAAGAACCACUGUGUGGCACUGUUGGGCAUCAGGGAAAACACGAUAUGUCUCUGCUCUUACGGAGCUUAUGGUCUUAUGGGAAAAGCAGACAAAUAAACAAGCAGUUAAAAUACAAGGGUGAGUGCCAGGAAGAUGACUAGGACUUAUUAGCCACUGAAAGGGGGUUGGGGCUGGGGAGAAUGUUCCAGGUCAGGGAACAGCUGGGCUGAGUCCUGGAGGAGAAAGAGGUGUUGAAAGUGCCGGGGCUUCAUCAUGCAGGGCUUUGGGGUCAUGUUGAGGAGUGUGGAGCUGGGACCUGAGGGGUGUGGGGAGCCACAAAAGGGUUAUGAACAGCAUAGUGGCAUGAACAGAUAUUUAAUAGGCUGCUUUGGGGGACUGCUUCUGAAAAGCAAGAGGUCGUACACACAGAAUCACAUGAGACCACUGGAAGGUAGAGAGGACUCUCGUGAUCCAAAUUCCCAAAGGUUAAUCACCUUGGAGCUGAUCCCAUAUAGAUUCCUGGGCCCUGCCUAAGACUUCGUGAAUAGACUCUCUGCCCUUGAAUGAGUUAACAAGUAUCCACAUGACCCGGAUGGGUGUCUGGCUUGGGAACACCUAGAUGGGAUUACCAUCCACAGGUUUCUACUGAAAUGCUCGUUAUCUGCUGCUUCUA